AUGGAGGUGGGCGGGAGGCUGACAUACCGGCAUACCAUCAGGGACAGAUAAGAAAGUAGACAAGCAGAGGGGAGGGAAGGGGAUUAGUGGUGCAUCGCUUUAAAGACACAUAUACAUCACAGCCAACGCCACUCUGACCUGCAGCGCAGAGCCCUGCACAGACGAGAAGCACGGCGGGAGCGGGGAGCCAGGACAGACCCCGGCGCACACGGCGGCGUGCUUUGAGGGCCAACGGGUUUGGUUCGGAGAAGUGUUUUAAGAGGCUGUUCUGAAAGGAGAGGAGAUCAACCGGCCGUAACCUGGAGGACCCACAGCUCGAGUUCCAACGGACCCCGCACCAGAGCUUCCCAAUGAGUAUGUCUGGUACUCUGGAGAAGGGGGCUCACCACCAGAACCUGGACCUGUCUGAGGAGGUGCCCCCGCACCACCACUACCACCACCAGCAGCUCCAGCACCACCAGCAGCAGCAACUGGCCCAACUCGGCCACCACCAGCACCACCAGCACCUCCAGCACUCCAACUCCCUGGCCUCCACCACCGCCGUGGGCAUGGGCGGAGGCUUAGAGACGCCGCCACCGCUCGUGGUGGUGCCUCCGCCCUACUCUGCCGCCGAGAGCGGUGGUGGAGGAGGGAGCGACGCCCCGCUGGAGCUGCGCGGCUCUCUGGACUGCUGGGCGUGCUCCGUGCUGGUGACGGCCCAGAACCUGCUGAUCGCGGCCAUCAACGCCUGCCUGGCCGGGGUGGUGUUUGGCACCAUCCUGACGCCCGCCACCACCAUGGUGGCGUUCGGCUUCCUCUGCCAUUCCACGGUGCGCCCCCACGGGACCUCCCGCUACUGCUCCGACCUGCUGUCUGACGGGGGCUGCGUGGCCCUGCUGGUGGUGGGCUUCCUGCUCGUCACCCCCCUGCUGGUGCUGGCCCUGGCCGCCUACUGCCGCCUGGCCCGCCACCUCCAGCUGGGCCUCUGCUUCAUCCCCUACAGCCGCGCCGUCUACAAGAACCUGCCCGCCACGCAGCACCGCGGCCUGGCCCCCGGCUGCUGCUGCCCGGGGGGGGGCCCGCGGGGGGGCUCUGCCAGCGGGAAGGGGAAGGUGUGGGUGUAGCGUCGUGGAGGUGAGGGAAGGAGUGGGUGGGGGGACAAUCAGCUUUCAAUCGGGGGCCACUUUUCAAAGUGGCCCCCGGGCCACUUUUUGUGGCCCGGGGGCAAAAGUGGCCCCUGAAUUAAAUUUGUAAUUUUGUAUUUUUUGUUUGCUAGUUUCUAGUUUAAACCUUCAAAAAACGUCCCUUUGCGAGGGACAAUCAAGGUUGUACGGUUCAAGUCAUUCACUGUAAUAUGUGGUGAGGAGGGCACCAUCGAUGGCUGGUUACUGCAGGAGAUUACUGUUACUUAAUGAGGGGGGCAGGGCGCAUACUGAUGCAGCAAGACCCCCCACUACCAGGAAUGAUGUUGUUGUGAGAAUCACCCAUUUGGGGGAUUCAAUAUGGGGGUGGUCUUACUAAGGAGGGGGGUUGAGGUUUGGGGACAAAACAAGAGGAUGAUGCAGGGUAAAAGCUGUUAGGCAAAGACCUGAGACAAAAGGUCUCCACUAGAUCUGGGGCAAUGUGAGCAUCAAUCUCACUCAUUCUAGACAGAGAUGUCAAAAUGUCUGGAAAUGUGUUUUAUUAAAACUGCAGCCAACUGGCUCUACCUUUAGCUAGGAAUUGGGCCCAAUCUAUUACCAAAUCUAUUACAUACACAGGAUGUACUGAAAUGAAAGACAAUAAAAUCGUUAAUUAUUAUGAAUUUCCACCAUGGAUUCGAUUUUAGCGAUGGCUUUAGCUUAGAUUACAAACCAGGAACGUAUACUUGUUUCGCCUGGUAUUUGUUAUAUAAAUACAAUUCUUACAAACUAA